UAGGAAAUAAAUCCACUUUGUGUACACCAAAUGCUUUUGCAAACCCAGUUAUUGCUUUGUGAAAGCAGCAGUGACAUCAUCACUGUGCUGUACAUAGCCUUUGCAGACAGAAGAGCUGGGGGAGGGGCCCAUCAGCUCCACCCACUACAGGCUGCCAGCAGAAAACCACAGGAGGAGGCGGAGAAAAGACCAGUCACCCCGCACAAGGAGGGAAAGCAGCAGUGACUGGUCUUUAUUACAGGAAAGUAUUACUCCGGAUUACUGCACAGAUCUGGCAGAAAUACACAAAGCACAUCAAGAUUCAAGGAAGAAUACACAU